UUUUUUUAAAAAAAUAUUUUUUAGUUGAAGAUUCAUUCUAGUUUUGAUAAAUUAGUCAUCACUUCAUCACCAAACAAACUAUAAUGCUGUCAUUUGCUCAAAUCUCCCCGCCAAAUUCAAUACCAUUUACCUUUAGCUUAAGCAAUCAAAAAACUUCAUCAACAAUCUCAACAAAAUUCCCCAAUAAACGAAGAACCUCAUUCAUAGUCUGUGCUGCAAACCCAGAUGAUUACCAUGGUACCCUUAAAGCUCUCAAUUCCAGAAAACGUUUUCCCAGAAAAUCUCUGGGUCAGCAUUAUAUGUUAAAUAAUACCAUCAAUGAACAGCUUGCUUCUGUUGCUAAUGUGAAAGAUGGGGAUUUGGUUCUUGAAAUUGGACCUGGUACGGGGUCCUUAACGAAUGUUCUUAUUGAUUCUGGUGCUACUGUUUUGGCUAUAGAAAAGGAUACACAUAUGGCUGCCCUUGUUAAGGAUCGAUUUGCAGCGACAAACCGCCUUAAAAUUAUACAAGAAGACUUCACAAAAUGUCACAUACGGUCCCAUUUAUCAUCUUUGUUGGAAAGUAUGAAUUUGGAAGGCACGGGAACAAGACAUGCCAAAGUUGUUGCGAACAUACCUUUCAACAUAAGUAAAGAUGUGGUGAAGCAGCUUCUUCCUAUGGGAGACAUAUUUUCAGAAGUUGUUCUUUUACUUCAGGACGAGACAGCUGUACGAUUGGUUGUAUCAUCUAUGAGAUCAUCUGAAUACAGGCCUAUAAAUAUAUUUGUGAAGUUCUAUUCAGAUCCAGAAUAUAAAUUUCAGGUUCCAAGAGCCAACUUUUUCCCUCAACCUAAUGUUGAUGGUGCCGUGGUUUCCUUCAAACUCAAGCAACCUUCAGAUUAUCCUUCUGUCUCAUCAAUCAAGAGUUUCUUCUCAUUGGUUAAUUCUGCAUUCAACGGAAAACGUAAGAUGAUAAGGAAUACACUUCAGCAUAUAGCCACAUCGUCAGAGGUCGAAGAAGCUUUAAAAACUGUGGGUCUUCCAGCCACUUCAAGACCAGAAGAGCUAACAUUGGACGACUUUGUGAAACUGCACAACUCACUCGUGAGCUCUUGACAUAACCGUAUAUUCCUAGCGAUUUGUAGUUUUCUACAUACAAAGAUUAGCUUCGAGGAUACACCAAGCAUUACGCAAAUAGUCGAUGUGCAGCAUAUUGUUGCAUACGGAGGAGCCAUUAUAGUUGAAUUUUGUGCUGAUAUAAAUCCCAGGUGCAACUAUCUGGGAAUAUAAAGCUUUUUCACUUCAGCAGUUCCGAGCUUGUUCAUAACAUUGCACGAGUAUGUCCAAUCUAAAUCGUAUUCUUGCACUUGCGUCUUAAUAUUUAACCUGUAAAGCGUACUACUCUCUCCAUCACAUUUAUUUUGCACCAAAUUUCUGGGUGUUUGACAAUUGACUGUUGGUUGUUGGCGAUUGGCUUUUUUAGUUGACUUGUUUGACCAAGUGGAAAUGCUGGCUGUUUUUGUUGGCUUUUAAACUAGCUAAAAAAAUCAGCUGUUUGUGGUGAUGUUUGGUAAAUUUGAGUAUUGACUGUUGGCUAUUUAUUAGAGAAAAAGUGAACCAAUAUGUCAAAAGUCAAACCAAAAAACUAACUGGAGUAGCUUUUUCAUUUUGGCUUUAAAGCUAGCUUUUCAGCUAUUUUAAAAGUCAUUUAUCAAAUAUUUUUGGUUGUUUGACCAACAACAGGACAAAAGCCAAAAUUCAACUAAAAAACUAAGUCAAAAGCCAUGGACCAAACCCUCCUUCUAUUUUGAUUUCUCUCAUUUCCUCCGUACUCUUUUUAAUUGGCGAAGAUCCUCACAAUUUUUUUAAUUCAUAAAUUCAAUCUCUCUUUAAUCUCAUCUAGUCAUUAAU